AUGGUCGUCCACAAUCUUGGAGAGUACGUAGCCUACCAUCAAGCCAAGCUGCGUCAAGAACAAGCUGGGAACUCCUUUGCUACUUCUGCCUCAUCUGCCCCCCAACCAGCCAAGAAAUACGGUAUUAACCCAAUCCACAGCAAAUCCUCCUUCAGCACCUCAGUCCUCUCAGCCCCCGCUGACCGACUGGUCGUUCUCGACUGCUUCGCCACCUGGUGCGGCCCUUGCAAGGUCAUUGCUCCAGAGCUCGUCAAAUUCAGCGAGUCCGAGGAGUUCAAAGACAAGGCCGAUUUUUACAAGAUCGACGUCGACGAGCUGCCUGACGUUGCCCAGGAGUUGGGUGUCAGAGCCAUGCCCACCUUCAUGCUCUUCAAGGGCGGCGAGAAGGUCGGCGAGGUCGUCGGUGCCAACAAGAGGGCGCUUGAACAGGCCAUCAGAGCCAACUUGUGA